CUUUUUUUAUAUAAACGUGGUGUUGUGAUGCCCAUUUAAAAGUGAGUGGAAAAAUGCUGCAGCCCAGAUUAUAUGGAUGUGCUUUCGACAUGAGGAGCUUUGGAGGCUUCGUGUUCGCUUUAAUUUUAAGCUCAGCCCUAGUUUCGUGUCAAGAUAUUAAUAAUGAAGAAUCAAUAGAAGCAACUAGGAUAAAAAGGGAAGGCGUCUCAGAAAACAGGGACUUGACUGUGUUGCUCGUCAACGACCAACAACGGAACGACUAUAACUCGAGAGUGGGGAGGUACCACAGCGUGAAGCCUCUCAUCGGGUUACUGACUGCGACAGCCAGGACGUUCAUCCAAGAUGGCGUGACGACCGAGUUCGCCACUCAAAUACUUGGCACCACCCUGAACAACGGGCGCAUCUAUGCGCAACUCCUCACAAAGUCUUCUCUUGUUUUGUACAAUAAGGCGGCAAAUGAGGACGCAGUCGCGGUGAAACCGACGCGUGUGCAUUCCGCUUUCGACGGCCAAUGGAGCGUCAAGCAAGAUUUAGGCUUUAUUGACCCUGAUAAGUUUGUCCUUAAAAACACUGAUUACCUUGCACCGGGCAGUAAAAUGGACAUAGUGUACGCUAGUAAACCUCCGCAAGAAAGCAAUUUUUGGAAUGCGGGUCCUACUGCUCAAGAACAAGAUAACCAGAUUUCAGAGGAGCCAACGGCACGUAGAGUUCAACAAAAUAAUGAAAUUCCCCGAUUUUCACAAAAUGAAGCCUUUAACUACCUUGACGGUCCAUCAGUCGACAGCGAAAAGAAGUCCGAUUUCGUCGUGAAACCAGCCAUUCUAGAAAAUAUAAAUGCUUUGCAUCGUCAAAGUAAAGCUUAUGAACCUGUAACAGAACCUAUUAAAACAGAUUCUCGAAUUAAGGAAGAAUUAAACGAAUCAAAUAUUGUCAAAGUUAAACCCAAUUACGAUUUACCGACUUUUACGAUUAAAAACGAAUUUUCGCCUAUUUUUUAUUAUAUAGACAAUGUUGAGUCUCGUAGCCCUCCGCAACCGGCAGGGCAGCAAACUAAAUUACAUAAAAAAUUGUUUGGCCAAAAAAGCGAAUCGAGACCAAAGAAAACGUUCACAUAUGCUGGGUUUGCUGACUUCACGACUGUGGUUGGUGAUACAGUUAUUAUUUUUACUCCUAACACUGAUAUUGCUCGUCCACAAAGUCCAGACGAAGUAAACGUUUUUCCCUCAGCUAAACAAGUCGAUAAACCUAAUACAAAAAUAACUUUUCUUGCUGCCGAUAUUCCUGUAGCUACUGCGACGUAUAAACCUCACGAAGUUAAUCCGGCCAGUAAAGUAAACACUCCUAGUAGUGACAAUGUUUCUGAAAAAGUUAUAUACAACGAUGAAGAUAGUCUUAAAAAGGUGCAUUAUGACAUUGAUAAUAAACCAUCGGGUGUUUCAGUUCAAAGCAAUAGUGGAUUUGAUUUUAACUUAGAUGUCAUUCAACCUUCAGAAGCUUCGGUACCAAUAACAGAAAGUACGCGCCUUACCGAUAAUUUAGAAGUAAUUCCAAUACAAGACAGCGCAAAAGCUACAGAACCACUAACAUUAUUGAGACCAUCUGCUACUAUAAUUGAGGACUCUAAAGAAUCAGUGAUCACGGAGAGCAAUGUAAAUGAAGAUUUAGCAACUUCUGAAGAAGAAGCAGACAACACAGCCGCGGAAGUUACAGAAAAAUCGGAAGAAGAAAAUGAAGAGGAGGAUGAAGAUGAAAUUAUCACUCCAGCAAAUGAGUCUGGAAUAAUGACAACUACUGAAAGUGGUCAUAGCGAGGAAUCUUAUGAAGAUAUAGAGACAACCACUGAGACGAAACACGAUAGUGAACAAGAGGUUAUUUGUUCCAACGGUAUCGAAACGAGAUCCGUUAUGACAACCGCUUACAAAACACUAACUUAUUUGACAACCUACUUUAUUCCACUCGAAAGCAAGGUAACAAGUAAUUUUGUAAAAUCGAACGUAGUCGUUGAAAGCAACGUAGGCUACCUGACUAAUAUUGCAUGUAAGUCUGAUACCAACAUAGAACCAACGGCUGUUGUCAAAGUGAAUGUGCAGUCAUCUGUACAUAGCAGCUUGGAAUCUCCUGAAGUUGAAACCGAAGGAUCGGUAUCUACACCUCCAACACAGCCGGAGGUAGUUACUGAAGCUGCACCAAAGACAACUCCUAAACAAAAAGAAAGCUCAACAACGACUGAAGAUAAGGACAGCGAGAAUGGAACUACGGUCGAUAACAGUUCACAAGAAGAUGAAGAAAAUACGGAAGAAAAUGAAACAACAAGCACGCAGGCGACAACGACUGAACGUGUUUCAACUAGUCAAAGUCAUGUAGAGGUAUCGGUUAGCACAGAACAUUCUACAACGCCGACUGAGAAGCCUACUUCUGAAGAAGAAGAAGAGGAUAGCAAAGAAAAUGAAAUUGAUUUGAUUUAUAAAACACUUUACACUACUUAUACCUACUUUACCACGUUCUUUGGAGAUCAAAGAUCGAGUGUCGCUAGCCACAAAUCCAUUGUAACUAAUGUUAUUACUGCGACGAUAAAUCUUGCUAAGUUAGAUCCUUCCUUAUUAGGUGCAUUUGACGAGGAUGAAAUUGCACCAACUAGCGUAGGAAUCGGUCGUCCUACUGAAUCUUUUGCCAUCAACAGCAUAAUUGAUUUAGUCAAAAAUAAAGAUGUUCUUGAAUCCGUCGAAGGAGGUGAGAGCUAUAGUUCUCAGACGCCUACUCCGUCAUUAGGUGAUGAUGUAGCUAGUAUUAAACCAGACGCUGUCAAAACGUACUUUACGACUUAUACAUUCUUCACGACGAUUUAUGUAGGAACUGAUGCUAACGUAUGCAGCAGAAGCGAAGUGUAUACAAACUACGUGGGACCUGAUGAAUUGAUUCCAACUAAGAGCAAUCCUUUAGGUACGGAAAAAACUAAAGCUCAGUUUGAUUUUAGAAAUUGUAAACAGAUUAAAAGAGAACCACCAGCGAGUCCAGAAGAAAACUCAUCAAUGGAAUCAUCGGUAAGUAUGGAAGAAAAUGAUGAAAAGCCUACUAAUGAAAACAAAGAUACACUUCCACAGCCUACACCUGUAGAAGUUGACAUGUUAUUCAGUGUAGAGUCCAACCCAUUAGAUACCGAUAACUCUUACACAGACACGGUAACAGAUGUUAAAUCAUCAUCAUCUAGAGGUGAAAGGCAGUACAUAGAAAAUAACAAUGUAUUAGAUGAUCAAAUUAGCUCUGAGAGUAACAUUGAUGAAAUUAUGCCAUCGCCCACACUUCUGCUACAAACAAGUUACACGACAUUCACUUAUUUCACAACUAUGUACAUUGGAAAAGACUCAAGCAAAGUAAAGAGUAGAUUAGAGACUAUUACUAACGUAGUAACUGAGACGAUAACACCUAAAAAAGAGGCAGAAGAAGAGAGUAACUUGCCAAUUACUUAUUACACCACAUUUACUUAUUGGACCACUCUUUACAAAGACAAAUCAACCACAAUUAGAAGUCGAGAAGAAAUUGUUUCAAAUAUAGUCACCCCUGUUGUUCAAAUCGCACCAACUAUCAGUCCUAUUGAUACUACACCGAUUGAUAUCGAAAGUGUCUUACCGCCGAAACAAUUAGAAGUUGAAAUAAAACCCUCACUUAUCGAAAAUAGUCCUGAACAAGAUGAUGAUAAAGCUACUUUUUACACAACAUACACAUACUUCACGACCUUUUAUGCUGGUAAUACUUCCCGGAUUAGAAGCAGUUUAGAAACGGUCACCAACAUUGUUGAUAACACUAAAGUAAUAGAAGACAAUCAGUUAGGACGAAAGGUACCAACUGGAGCAGUAGAUAAAAAUCUCAUACAAGACAAUGGUGAAAAACCACAUAUAUCUCCAACGGUUGUAAAAGAAGAAAUUAAACCCACAAAAUUACCCGAUAUAUCGGGCGCAUCUCCAACGGUUCUUGUUGGCACAUAUAUUGAUAAUCUAUUUGCGGAAAUUAAACCAGCGGACAAUAAUACGCCUCCUGAUACUGAUAAAAAGAUACUCUUUUCGCAAGUUGCUGUUAUUUCAGGUGAUUCAGUAUUAAUCACUGAUGACAAUAAAACUUUGAUCACGGAUUCUACAACAAAAGUACCUGAAACAAACGGCACGACCACACCAGGAGCUUCUAUAAUCAGCCCAACUCCAGAAGUUAUUGAAAGUUCAGUUGCGGAACCAGAUACAACAACAGAAGCCCACGAAUCAGAAGAAGAAGAGGAAGAAGAUGACGGAUCCUCGAGAAAGAAAUCUCGUUUAACCUUUACUACAAAGAAACCUUCAUUUACUCCUGUUAUUAUUCCAUUUGCGUCUAGGAAUAGACCUACUUUCAGUCCCAAAGCAAGAGUUCCUUCACUUGGUAGCGCUACAACGAUUACUCGGGCUGACUUUACACCGACUAUAACUGCAACACCAACGUUAAAAUCUGUAAGGCCAUCUGGAUUUGGAGGAAACAGAAAAGCAUCUUCAUUUGGAGGAUCUUCUAACGCUGGAAAGAGAUUCACCGGACGAAGCGGCAUCUCAAACCCUUCAGCGAAUGUACCCUCUGCAUCACGUUCAGGUGGGUUCGGCGGUAGACCAUCUAUUCAGCCUACUUCGAGACGAACUGGCUUCAGGUCAAGCUCUAUCAGAGCAAACAGCUUAGACUUCGCUAGUAGGUCAGCGAUUCCAAAAAUACGACCUACUGCUUCGUCGAGACUCAGGGGUAACAGAAAUUCUGCUUCUGUAUCAUUACCACCACCAGAACAAAACGAGUCGGAGACAUCUGGAACUCAGCAGGAAGAGACCGUCACUGAGGCUUUGAAUGAAGUCACUGAAGCACCGGUCAGGACUACAUCUAAUCCUCUUCUUAGAUUUAGACGACCACCCGUAGCUAGACAACCAGGUACAGCUGUGACUCCAAGAGCUACCAAUCCUUCAACUAGACGAACGGCUACUAGCAGAGGACGCUUAACCACCACAACUAGGAGACCUACCACUCGUUCAACUACUAAUCCACUAUUGUCACUGCGCAGACAACGCCCACAAAAUUCCCUUUUCCCAAGACGGAACCUAUUUAAACAGCCCGAACCUGAACCAGAAGAAGAUAUUAAAGAAAAUGAGCAAGAAGUUGAAGAGAGCGAGGAAUUAUUGGAAGGAGAAGAAUUCGAAGAAGACAAUGACUACGAAUCAUCAAACAGAAAAGAACAGCAAGUUGCAACACCUUCGACACCAGCACCAAAGCGGAAUGUUGUAAGCAUCAGACCGUUCUCGCGACGACGAGUAAAACGUCAAGUUGAUUACGGUAAUAGGAAAUACACAAAUUUCAGAAGACCUGGUCUCAAGUCUGCUUCUACUAAAGCUCCCGAAUCAGAACCUGAAACGGAACCACCGGCGCCUGUAACUCAAAAAGUUAGACCUGGAAACAGAUUUAAUUCCAGGCUGUCAUCCAGUAGUAGAACUACUACUACUGCUCCUCAAAAAUCUUCGCAAAGGCAGCCUUUUAUUGUCAGAGGAGAAAGUCGAACAACUACCACAUCUGCACCCGCUUAUAGAAGAAGUAGCAAAUCAAGAGCAUCUUCACGAACAACAACUUUAUCAUCAAGACCAAAAGCACCUAAACUAUUGAAUAGUCGAUCGCAGUCAGAACGAUCUAGAAGUCCGUCUCGUAGCAGCACGAGCAGGUCUCGAACACGCACAACAACUAGCAGAGGCUCGAGCAGACAAAGAAACUCUUUCGAGAACUUCAGCGGUGAAAGGCAAAACUACAAGAGUAUCGUAGACAACGGAAAAAUAACAAUCACACAUCAAAUCCCAACUGAAGUCACUAUCCCCGUAGUUAACGGAAAAAUAACUGAGUACAAAAACGUUUUGACAGCCAAACCUAGCAUAGAAGUCUUACUAAGAAAUCAAGUUGCGACCACUUUAGGUCCCUUAGGCAACCAGCAACUGGUACUUGCUUCUGAGUCGACUAAGUUAGCAGAAAAUGGUGCCACUGAACUCAUUAAAUUCUAUCUGCAUGAGACACCAACCAGAACUGUAAUUUUCACACCUACCACUAUUAGAGGUCGUAAGACGUCUUACUCGCAUGUUUUGCCCAGUACUGUAUAUAAUGUAGAGCCAGUAACACAAACAAUCGCUCCUGAAAUAAACGCCAACGUACCGUUAGCUAACUUGCUGCUAUCACAACUGCUACUUGGUAACCAGCAGCCAGCGAUCAACCCUCUCUUAGCUCUUCAAGGACAGGGCUUGUUACCGCAGCAGCCGGUAAUACAAACUCCAGUAACUGAGUACAAAACUCGGGCUACAACUUACGUUACAACACUAACAGAUGCUAGAGAAACCGUUCUGCCGAUCACUUUCAAGGGAAAAGCCAUUUUAACAACCAUCGUUGAUCCAACAAUUAAUGUUAUAACCGCAACUGAGUAUGUCACUGACACAAUUGUUUCCACACCUACAGCUUUAGCCCCUCCACCACAAUUCAAUUCCUUGCUCCUGUUAUUACAACAGCAACAACAGCAGCAGCAGGCUAUAGCAAACCCGCUUCUCCAAACACCUAAUCCUUUGUUAGGUCUCGGACAGCCUGAUUUGAAUUUACUACAAAAUAACAACUUGAACAAUGACAUUUACAGCAACAGUCCCAAGCCAAACAUAUUACAAGACUUAAACAGCAACGAAGACUUUGGUGACGAAGUCCAAGACAUUGAGGAAGAUGCCCCGCCUCCGCCACCUCCCACGCGUACUAGGAAUAAGCCAAGAGUCCCUAAACCCGCUCCCCCUAAACUGACUAGUGUAGUCACCAUGUACGUAUCUGGUAGGUAUCCUGGUGAAUUCAGUACCGUCCUAUCCACCGUUGUUGUAGACGACACGCAGACUGUUAGGAAGCGAGAAGCAGUUUAUUACGAAGACAUCGAAGUACUUCCUUCAAUAUUACCCUCAGUCGGUCAAUUGGCCAGUUCUCAGAGUGACAGCGCUCUAGAGAACUCUAUUGUUUCAGGCACUGAGGAAUAUUUAGAUGACUCUAGGUUCAAAGGCCAAAUUGAGACGCAGAGUCUUGAGAGUAUAGUUGGAUCAUUGAGUGAACACAUAAGAUAUGACGCAUCACCAACGUAUGUCGUGAAGUUAGCAACAGCAACCGCCAUUAGAGAUUUAAAUUUUAGAUCAGUCGACGACGUCUCGUGAAGCCCAAACAAAUGAUUAGGUAUAUAUAAUAAUGGUUAUUUAUUUACAUUGUAUCAUAGUAAGUUUAUCUAUAAAUAGUGCCUUAUAGUUUUAACGAUAGUGUGUAAGAACAAAAUACUCUUUUGUACUUUACUAGAUAAUUAACUCUUCUAUAAGAUUGCCAAAUAAAUCUAUAAUGUUACCAGGUUUAUGUGAUGGUUACAAAAAAUUGUUUAGGUAACAAAAUAUCUAUCACUGCCUAAGAUUAAGUCUAUACUAGAUUAUGAUUUAUCAUAAUUCAUAUGAUACUCUUCUUGUUUUCAAUUGUACAUUGCAAAUAGGACAAAUAAAAAUAAAUAAUUUAAAUAUUA